CUGGGGCGCCCCAAACCCCGUGCUCGUUGCUGGCAGGGCGGGCGCGAGGCUGUGGCGGGGCCUGCUGAGGGCGAGGUGUGCCAUGACUGGGUCACUGGAGGAGGAGGAGGAAGCGCCUCCUGCUCGGCGGGCGCUGCUGCUGCUGCUGCUGCUGCUGACACUACUCCGCAUUGCUCCGAGGGAGGAGGAGGAGGAGCCGAGGGCGGAGGAAAGGUGAGCAGCAGCAGCAGGAGAGGCAAGAGCCGUCUCCCCCGCCGCGCCUGCCUGCCUGUGUCCUCCUCCUCCUCCUCCUGCUCCUGCUCCUCCGCAGCCAUGCUGCCCGGGGUGGGUGUGUUCGGGACGGGCCUGACGGCGCGGGUGAUCGUGCCCCUGCUGAAGGAGGAGGGCUUCGCGGUGAAGGCGCUCUGGGGCCGGACGCCCGAGGAGGCCGAGGAGCUGGCGCGAGAGAUGAGCGUGCCCUUCUUCACCAGCCGCAUCGACGAGGUCCUGCUCCACCACGACGUCGACCUCGUCUGCAUCAACCUCCCGCCGCCCCUCACCCGACAGGUCGCCCUCAAGACCCUCGGGAUUGGGAAGAAUGUCAUCUGUGACAGGACCGCUACUCCAUUGGACGCCUUUAGGAUGAUGUCUGCCGCCCACUAUUAUCCUAAGCUCAUGAGCAUUAUGGGUAACGUUCUUCGCUUCCUGCCUGCCUUUGUGAAGAUGAAGCAGCUGAUCCAAGAGGGCUACGUUGGAGAGCUGCUGGUGUGUGAGGUACAGGUCCACAGUGGGAGCCUGCUGGGGAAGAAGUACAACUGGAGCUGCGAUGACUUGAUGGGCGGCGGAGGUUUGCACUCGGUUGGCACCUACAUCAUUGAUCUUUUGACCUUCCUAACUGGCCAGAAGGCUGUCAAAGUACAUGGGCUGCUAAAGACCUUUGUGAAACAGACGGACCACAUCAAGGGAAUCCGCCAAAUCACGAGCGAUGACUUUUGUACUUUUCAAAUGGUCCUGGAAGGAGGAGUGUGUUGCACUGUUACGCUCAACUUCAACGUGCCUGGGGAAUUUAAACAGGAUAUCGUUGUGGUGGGUUCCAGCGGGCGGCUGAUUGUGGUAGGAACUGAUUUAUAUGGGCAGAGCAAUAACUCACAACAGAAGGAGCUUCUUUUGAAGGACUCCACGCCAGUCAGCAAUGCCUUGUUACCAGAAAAGGCCUUCAGUGACAUCCCGUCCCCUUACCUACGGGGGACAAUAAAGAUGGUGCAGGCCGUCAGGGAGGCGUUUGAAGAUCAGGAUGACCGGCGAACGUGGGACGGGCGGCCACUCACAAUGGCUGCCACUUUUGAUGACUGUCUUUAUGCUUUGUGCGUGGUGGACACUAUUAAGAAAUCAAACCAACUGGGUGAAUGGCAGAACAUUGUAAUUAUGACUGAAGAACCAGAACUAAGCCCUGCCUACUUGAUCAGCGAAGCAAUGCGCAGAAGCAGAAUGUCUCUGUACUGUUAGCUUUUUAUUGCUAGUAUUAUUAUUAUUAUUUUGUCAAAUCUUGGUAAAUAGGAAUAAGGCAAAGCAGAAAAUAUGUCUUGCUUGUCAAACAGGUAUUGGACAAGAAAGAGGAAAUAUGGAGAGGCAGUUUCUGCUGUUUAAAUCCUCCCAUUGCCUAAUUGGUGCUGAAAUAGUAAAUGCAUUUGAAAUGCCUGUAAAAAUAAUCCCUGACAAGCUGUUUACAAAAUAGCAUUAUAGGAAAGUAAAACGUAACAUACCUGAAAGCUGCAUGUGCACAUCUGAUUCACUUGCACUUAAAGUGAAAACAAAAAAUUAUUCAGGGAAGUCUAAAUAGUAGUCUCAGUGUGUGUUUCCUAAAGACAAGAGGAAGGUGAUGGAGUUGUGUUAGUGGAGCCCACAAUAUUACUUGCAUGGAUCCUCAGAUGUGAAAAAGCACAUGAAAUUUUAAAAGAUAACUGAGAACCUAAAAUAAAGUUUUUCUCUGUUUUGUCAGAAGAAUUAAUCCAUGACAGUACAAGAGGAAUGGCAAAAUUCAUGUUCCUUUCUCUCUGCCAGAGAGUUGUGAUCCAUAAAGCUGAUAUCAUUUUGCUUGCAACAAAAGUUUAAUUGCUUCCUUAAACAAAAAGGCAACUGUGUCUAAAUAGGCACUAGAAAGGGGGCACAGCUAUUAGCAGCCUGCAUGAAACUUGUGCCCACAGAUGUAUUGGAGGACAGCUCCCAUCAAUCCUGCCAGUUGUCUUCUGUUGGGGUACUAAGAGUUGCAUUACAAUACAACUGGAGGGUGAUCGGUUGGGGAAGCUUGGCCUAGGCCAGAUAUGAGCAACCACGGAGGGCCAGGGUCCUAUUUUUCUGCCCUUAGAAUUGCUGGAGACUACUGUAUGUGUACAGCCCAAAAUUAAAACUGAAGCAGUCAGAAGUUUUUUAUGGACAGUGGAAAGAAUACAGCCUAUUUAAUAGGUAGCUACUUCUACAAGCCAUUUAAAUCAAGCAAAAUCCCUUUUAAAAAUUGUGUUUUUUUCAGUUGCCACUGAAAUCUAUUUUGUUUUGAAAUUACAAAAUCACUGUUACCUUCAUAUUACCCACCCCUGCCUAAAGCAUUAAUAACACCAUUUUCAGAAUUCCUUAGGUCAGGCAUGGACUGACUGCUUGUUAGGAAUUGUGGAGUUGAAGUUCAAAACACCUGGAGGGCUGAAGUUUGCCCAGGCCUGCCUUAGGUGCAAGAACAAUAAAAACUAAAGAGACAUGCUUUCAAUCCCUGUUUUGUUUGGUAUCAGCCAUUGUUAAUCUGUCCUGGGUGUUUAAAAAUGUUAAACUAUGGUCUAAGAUUAAAGAGAGGCAAGGAAGCUCAUAAACGGCCAGGCAGUACUUUGCUGAUGAAGCUUGAACAGCACUUUGAGUGUAAUAGAAACAUUACUUUACUUCCAGGAAUUUGUUUUAAUCCUGACUGCAUAGUGAGAUGGAUAUAUUUAGAAUCUGCUAAAUUCCUGCUGCACCCCUAUUCAACAGCACACUAGCUAAUAGCUUUUAAACAGAAGCUGGAUGGCCAUCUGUCAGGGGUGAUUUGAAUGCAAUAUUCCUGCUUCUUGGCAGGGGGUUGGACUGGAUGACCCAUGAGGCCUCUUCCAACUCUAUGAUUCUAUAAUUCUAGUGUGCAGCCAUAAGUUUUUAAAAAAUGCAAAACAAUUGAAUGAAAGUUAAUCUUGCCUCCUGGCUUAAUCAUCGCAGGAUUGAAUUUCUUUAGGAAGGCACUGGGGGCCAGUAGAACUUUUAUGAUGUAUUGAUAAAGGCUUUCAUGGCUGGAAUCACUGGGUUGCUGUGAGUUUUCCAGGCUGUAUGGCUAUGUUCCAGAAGCAUUCUCUUGACGUUUCACCCACAUCUAUGACCUCACAACCCCUAAGGAUGCCUGCCAUAGAUGUGGGUGAAACAUCAGAAGAAAAUGCUUCUGGAACAUGGCCAUACAGCCUGGAAAACUCACAGCAAUCCAGAGCAAUUUUGGACAUACAGUAUUCUCUUUUGAACUAAAGCUCCCACUGGCCCUAUGGCUGGGAGAUUCAGGCUGCUGUUAUCUAUAAAACUAACGUUUCUAAUAUCUGUCAGACUAUACCUAUGAAUCACAGAAAGUUGUGGUUUUUUUUUUACAGCUAAUGCUUAGUGGUUGUGACAUGCAAGUGGAAUGCUGGCUUUAUUUUGCACUUUUAUGAACUUUACCUAAAAGACUUAAAUAAAGAAAUAUCUUGGCUUAUUCAAGAUAAAUAGCAUCUAGCAUCAACUAAACCUUUUCCCAAAUUAUGCAAUACACUAUUUCAUUUUAUUUAGGUAAAGACAUAAAUUGUCUUUCAUCCCCCCACUCCCCAAAAAAAGCCACAACCCUAUUGGUGGCCAGCAAGAAGGAGACAUGCAAAAUCAAAAUGCUGUAAAUAAUAAAAACCAUCAGUAGCAGAAAAAAUUACAAAAAAACUGCCAAUUAUAAUUGGUCAGAUGAUACGCUGGAAUGUUGGGGCAAAUUAGAGCCCAAACAACUUCAAAGACCUGUGCUCAAGAUGUGAGCUACAUUCUUGAGCUGACAUGGACACUUGCACUGAAAAGAAAUCUAAUGGUAGACAAUAGGAUCUAUUUCAGGCAUGGGGAAACUUCGGCCCUCCAGGGGUUUUGGACUUCAACUGCCACAAUUCCUAACAGCCUACAGGCCUACAGGCUGUUAGGAAUUGUGGGAGUUGAAGUCCAAAACACCUGGAGGGCUGAAGCUUGCCCACACCUGGUCUGUUUCCUAUUAGUAUGUACUUGAAUGUAAGUUUCUGCUCCGUUUUGAGCUCUCUGCAGGUAGUUAAACAUUAUCUCUUUCCUUCCUUCCACCUUUGCAAGGUCUCCUUUGGAGCAGUGCCUUGAGCACCCGUACAGUCUCUACUGCAGUGGGCCCUCUACUUCUGAGGUUAGGGGCACAGGACCCCUUUGAAAGUGCAGGAAACACAAUUUUUUAAAAAUGUUAUUUUUUAACUUGAGAAAAUAUCUCCAUAGGAAUCUCUUGGUUCUCCAGUGCAACUCUGUGGUCAGCUUCGGCCAGGCAUUGGUUGUAGAAUUGCACUGAAAGGACCCAGAGAUUCCAACAGAAGAUAUGAAUUAAAUCUAUGAAUAAUCAAAUCUGCAAAAAGUGAAGCCUGCAGAUGUGGAAGGCCAACUGUAUUCUUCCUCUCCUCUCUCUGUCCCACUACCUUGUCCAAUAUGAUGGAUGAGUAUGGGACUAGGAAAAAACUGGGUAAAGUAGCAACGCUCAUGCUAAAAUUGCCUUUGCUAUUCUUUCCCUCUGAUCCGGGGAUGCUUGUGCACAAUGGGAUACACCUUCUGAAGGCAGCCCUUAUUGUUAAGCAGGCUUGAGAUAGAUGUCUUAAUUAAGCAGGUGCUGCGAGAUGCAAAGCUGUGAUGAAGGUAAUGGGCUUGGUAUCCCAUCAGCGUGACAGAUCUGAAAGUGGGAGCAAAUUCAGAAAUGGAAAUGAUGAUGUACAGCUUAAAUUCAUUCUGGACAUUGUGGAUACUGAUCAAAGGUUCUCCAGUUUGUGUAUGUAUGUGUUUUUCAUGUCAGAAGCUACUUGAGAAACUGCAAGUUGCUUCUGGUGUGAGACAAUUGGCUGUCUGCAAGGCCAUGGCUCAGGGGACGCCCAUAUGUUUUGAUGUUUUACCAUCCUUGUGGGAGGCUUCUCUCAUGUCCCCGCAUGGGGAGCUGGAGCUAACCACCAUUUCUUAAAAAGCACUUGAGGAAAGAAUGAGAUGUUUACUGUAUGAAUUUAUAGAUCUUUCAAAUAGGAAACAAAACUCCAGUCAAGCCUGCUGGGAUCAUACUCUUAUUUCAGUCCAUCCUGGACAAGUCUAGCCAGGUCUAUUUACUUUUCUGCCUCUCUGUUAUGCUCCCCAGCAAUGAUAGUACUGUAAAAAGAGUUUAAAAAAAGAUGGUACCUAGUUCUGUAAACUAUUUUAGGUAUAGAAUUAGCACACCAUGGUUGACUGAAGUGCUUGGCUAUCUCUGAGUCUUGAAUGAUGCCUUUUUUCCCUUUCGGUCUUCAAAAAUCCAAGUGUACAUUUACUGCUGUAUUUAAAUAUAUCUAUUUAUUGUGUUUUGCAAGGAUAUAUAUGUGUGUAUAUAAUAUAUAUAUAUAGACAGAAAUACAAGAAGCAAACUAUAUCUCUAAAAUGUCAGUGCAUGGGCAUUUUGUGUACAGUAGAUAUUUUAAAAAAGUUAUUUAUCAAACAAAAGUGUGAUUAAAAACAGAGUCUAUAUUUUAUAUAUCUAUAUCCUGUAGAUAACAAGACGCAUUGACCUUUAAAUUAUAGCAAGAGGAAACGUGCAGAUUUUAAAUAGAAACGGGCAUGUGUUGUGGUUAUCUCUAGCACUUUGGCAGGCUGGUUAUUUUUUCGUGGAAAGCUGCCUUUGGUGGUUUUCAGUUGCAGCAAAUCCACCUGUCCUUCUGUUUCUUGAAAGGUUCAUGUUCGCGUGUUACUUUUUCAACUGCUUGGGGAAUGUAAUUAGCUACAGGCAGCUAUAAGAAUAGAUGUGCUACUUCGGAUAUGGUUUUCUCCUGUUCUUCUAUAUCUGCAUUGUUGGACUAAAUAGAAUAUAAAUGGCAAAUAAAGACAUCAAAGGAUUCUGGCAGUUA